AUGGAGUGGGGAAAUGGGGAGGGUGGGGGUGGGGGUGGUUGCACUUACCUUGGCGAUCCACGUGCAGUGUCAGGCUCGCCUAUACCUGUCACCGCCUUCUACGUUCUCUCCUCAACUACCUCAUCAACAACGCUGAAGUGCCAUCAAAUCGAACAGUGCACUCACUCCACUCUACCGCAACGCUCCCUUGUCUUUGGGAGUCGACGUGCCCCUACUCUCUGCUUCUCCCUGCUCGCAAUCGCAGUA